CGUGAACAACAACAAUGUAAUUAAGUACGAGCUCUUCAACGCAAACAAAAAAGACAAUUGGGUCUUUGGUCCAGCCAGUCGAACGAAGAGCCAAUUACAAGAAUUAUUUGCGACAUCAUAAUAAUCCAAUGGAAAGCGUGUGCAUAUGCUAGUGUCUCUAUUUGCGCUGGCCGCGCAUAGCCAUCUGUGGUUUAAGCUACCCUGGACAACGCGCGCGAUUCAGCACCGACGCCACAGGUGACAAAUCUUCCCCCAUUAGAAUCGUUCCCGAGCGGAACACGUUUAAAUCGCAUCCAUGGAUGGAGAACAAACGCGAAGAUCACGAAUUCAAAUACCUCUACCCUCGAAACCUCGUCCAUAUAGACCCGGCGACGGUCCCCCUUUAGCGCCGCUAAGAAUCCAGCCCGAAUCCGACUCGACCGCGUUUCUAAUCGACAAGCGCGUGCUACCCGGCACAGCUCGCAAUGGUGAAUUGCAACUACAGAUGUACUACGUGGUUGGAUGGUGGGAUGUACCGGCUGCGCGUGUAGCUAUCCUUGCGACCAAGAUACUCGACUACGUUUCGCCCGGUGUGUUAGAGGAAUUCGAGUACAAGGCCUUGCUGGAAAGAGACGAGGAAAUUGAGAGACAAGAGGCAUCGAAAAAACAGAAGUUAGAAAUGGCGAAAAAGAAGAAGGCGUUAAAGCCUACAAGCGCGACGGAUACGCCGACGACACCCGGUACGCCAACUGCCCCUGGUCAGAGAAGACGAGGCCGACCGAGCAAGGCGGAGCUUCAGGCGCGCAAACUCUCGAAGCAGGCGAGCGUCAACAAUUCCGAGAGUAUCGAAGUAACGCUACCCCCUACGAGUACAUCGGGCCCGUCGCUGUCUACGCCGCAAAAGAAGCGUGCUAGAGAAAUCGUGACCGAUAUGGAAGAAAUCGAUGAGGCGGAUCCGGACGACGCGAUACAUCGCCAAUUAUGCGGCGAAAAUGACGACGCCGCCGAAGAUAUGGAGGUGGAGGUGGACGAGAGUGGUAAGGAUGGAGGGUCGAUGUUAUUGGAUAGGGUUCCCGAGACCACGUCCUCGGGUCUCGAAAUCAGCUCGUAUGCUAGAAAUUUAUGGCUUAAUAAGGACUCGUCGACAUUGUUCAAGAGCGCUAACGCCAAUCUUGCACUGAAGUCAUCUACGAGUCACGUCCCCGUACCCGAGGUACUUCGAUCCAACAAGCGACCUUGGGAGCUCCCAGCAAUAACACCUCUCCCACCACCCAUACCUAAGCCACGCAAACCAACCCAACCAGUAAAUAACCAACCGCGCAGAAUCCCCAUUCCGGUUGGCAGAAAGCAAUCCACAACUCCUGUCCCAGUCCCUACACCACUGAAGUCGGACAAGAAGAUUCCACUCCAAUAUCCACAGCAAUUCCAGUCGCAACCAAAGCCAGAACCAUCAACAGUCAAGCCAAAACCCGAUAAUAAGCAAUCUACAACUCCUGUCCCCGUUCCUCAAUAUCCGCGCUUCACAAACGAAAAAUGCGAGCCUUCCUCAUCGGCUCCGCCUCCACCUCCACCUCCCCAAUCGCACAAAACUAGCCCUCCACACCAUGGCUUCACCCCCGCUGGCCGAAGCUCCGGCCGCUGGCCCUCCGCAACACCCCAAUCCUCUGGCGAGCUACCCACAGAGUCGCCUCUCAACGGCCAGACUAACAGCUCACGCUCAAAAAAGCGCACACCUAAACCCAAGCCCAAGCCCGCGGUAGGCGACGGCCAAGUAUGGGUGGUCUCACGUCUCGAAGGCGACAAGCUGGUCCACGCUCACGGGCGACGCACCCGUUUCUUCAAGGUGCGCUGGGCGGGCGAGUGGCCUCCGGACCAGAACCCCACCUGGGAGCCCGAGGACAACAUUGCGCCGGACCUGGUGAGGGCGUACCUUAAGAGCAAGGCUAAGACGGCGGCGGGUCGUCGUAGGACUGUCGGCUCGUCGACCGACGGGUUCGACUCCCCGAGCAAAAACCUCCGCCCGAACCCAUUGACGCUCAAAAGGAAGUACUCGAGCGUCGCGGAGGCGUUCGCGGGCGACGCGGAUGAUCUUGAUGAGCUGCGGAAUAGCGCGGAGAGUGGUGGAGAGGCGAAUGGUACCGUUAAUGGCAGCGGUGGUAGAAGUAAGAGGAGGGAAGGGGUACGAUACAAUUACCACGAGGACGACGAAGGGGAGGACGAGAUCCUGGUCGUCACUACGGAGCAGGAGUCGAGCUUGAAGAGACGGGAGUCUAAACCUAAAGAGAAGCUGGAAGAGCUAGGCGCGGCUUUUAUGAGAGACCUCGCCGCGGCUAUCCAGCGCGGGAGUAGUGAGAAGGGGAGCGGGAGCUAGUAAUGAAUAUCCUGGGCUAAUUCUUGACUUUCUUGGUAUGGCCUUAAAAGUCCGUUCCGUUGUAUUGCGAUAGUUGUGGCUAAGAAUUGGAACUUGGGAUGCUAAGGACGUGAGAAGAAUGGAUGUGGAUGAGACUUGUUUGCCUCCAGUAAAGGGGCGUCUAGACGAGUGAGCCCUGGCAUGAAUAAUACCCUACCUGCUUACUAUCUUAUUUGCAAGAGUUGAAGUUACGAAGAUGCUAGGUUAGUAGACGCGUCGCAUCCUCGAUAGCAAUAAAUUUUGUUACGGAACUUA